AUGCAUCAAGACGACUGCGAUGCCCUCUCCGUCUCUUCAGGGGGUACGUCUCGUGGUCGACAACGCGAUCUGCGACGGCUGAGUAGUCGUGAUGACUCGUCGUAUUCAAGUUCUCCUGGCAGUCGUAUCGAUGAAUAUGAGCGCAGGCACACAAAGCCGAAGAAGCGAACUGGUGACAUGAUCUUUGAGAUUGUUCCAAGCAAGCACAAUCAAAAUGGUGUCGCCAUCGAAGAGUUUCCCAAUGAGGUUUUGACCCACAUCCUCUCUCAUCUGCCACCCGAAACCCUAUCGUCCAUGAGCCUUGUCUCUCGUCGAUUCCACAAGCUGGUCACCACUCCCCCCGCGUGGCGGAUUGCUUUUGCUCGCUACUUUCCCGCCGCGGAAGCCCUAGCUACAGGACCCAAACUUGCAGUCGAUGUUGAAAAGUCCCAACGACGAUCAUUCACUCGCCUAAGCGCCCUGGCCUCCUGGAGAAGUGAGUACAUUCUGCGUACUCGGCUCAUCCGUUCCUUGGGAAGAGGCCGUCCUGCCAUUCGCGCUGUUCCGAAACCAAGUAUCUCACGCUCUUCGGCCAAUGCGGGACUCAAUGCGGCAGUCACCACUUACCAAUCAGGUCUGAUGUUUCCCAUUAGCCACAUGCAUGCCACCUUUGGCGUAGGUCUGAACAAGACGCAGCCGCUGUUCAUCCAUGGCGCUGCCGAGCAAGGUCUGGUAUCCAGCAGCGAUCCAAUGACUGGCAAGAUCGCCCAUUGGGGUCUAGCUGACUAUCAAGCCUUUCACCAUUUUGGGGAUCUCUAUGCCGGUGAGGCCGAGUACGGUCUUGGGCCGGGAGAUGUCGUUGGUUUACCCAAUUCGCUAGAUGUCAGCCAACCCUACGGUCGAGUCUACGGUGAAGGUUGCCCGGGUGGCCGGUUGUUCUACACUGCCUCUAAUGAACAGCGAGGGCGCUUUCUGCCAACCUCGUCCAGCGCCAACCACGCUCUUGGUAUCCCGGAAGUGACCAUGAUCGGGUGCUCAGUAACAUCAGUUUGGAUGGCCAAGUCCGAAGCUGUGUUGAAAGUGACUACUGGUGUUUUCGGAUUGCUGGCCGGUUUCUCAAAUGGUAUCGUCGCGGCCUACGCGCUGGGAAACAAUCCUGUCUACGAUCGCCGGUACACUAAAGGUGAAGCCACGGCCAAGUGGGUUCUUUCUCCAGGCGUUCCGAUUACUGCUAUCAUUGUUGACGAGCACGCUUCCGCCCGCAAACUUGCUGCCGGCCGCGUUUGGGCUGUUGCGCUCAACGCUUUAGGCGAGGUGUAUUACCUGACCGAGACACCGUUACGUCCAGAUCCUCAAGGCAAAACUACUGCUGCCGAUAUCGACUGCGAGGCUUGGCGUACUGGCCGGAGCGUAGAAUGGGCUCUUGUUGAAGAGACUCGGAGAAAAGCGAAGCUUGACCCUUUCAGCACGUCCGACGUUGAUGGUAGCUACACUCCCAGGAUAUCUGGCGACCGUACAGCCCUUGAUAAGGAGCAAAGAAUUGCAGAAGCCAAGGAGGUUGAGAAGUACAUUCAGUAUCCGCCAAAGCACUUCCGAGCCAUUUGUGAUGGUUGGGACAUGCAACGCAAAGCCUUGGUUGAUUUUGGUGGGGAUUGUGAAUCGAUCGUUAUCAUCAACCGCGGCCUGGCCGGUGACCCAGCCUCUGUGAAGCGCUUCACGCGCCAUCGCCAAAAAUUGUCUCUCAAUUAUGACCUCGAAAAAUGGCCCACCGUACGGCAAGCCGCCCCCCACGUUUCAAUAUUCGGUGGUGUGGCUACUGCUUCUUCUGCAUCUCCGGCUCCGAGCGUGCCACGCUCACGCACCUCGAGUACGGAGGACGUCGCAACACAGUUCCAAGUUGAAUGGCGCACCUCAAGCUUCGCUCUUGGAGAAAUGCGCAAUGUUCAGAUCACUACUGUGGCCAUCGACGAGUCGGACUUCGCCUGUCUGGCAACCAUGGAAGACCCAUUACUAGGAAUGUCUGCGGUCUCCGGUGCUUCAUCGCCGAUUGCUUCGCCAUUGGGACGAGGACAAGUAAUUGCAGCGUCGUCAGAUGUGCCUGGCCACCGGGCACGGUUCAUGGCUGUUGGCACCAAGACUGGCGCUGUUCUGCUGUGGAACAUACGGGCUAGCCUCUCGCCAGCGGUAGGCGUCGUCAACACCGUGACGCCUGUGCGUGCCAUUCACACGAAGUCACCUGAAGUCUCGUCGAUUGCCCUGACUGCCCUCUAUGUUGUGCACGGGGGCAACGACGGUCUUGUGCAAGCCUGGGAUCCGCUCACCUCGACUCUGGAGCCCAUCCGCACCCUCAACUCUCGCUUUUCGGAUCGCGCCCGUCGCCGCAUCGCCCAGGCCGAUGCUUCGGCUCAAGGGGUCGGUCACAACUACUUUGCUGCAGCCGCAAUCGUCUUGGACCCAGACCCAACCAUCUUACGUGGCAUGGUAUCCCUCGGCACCCAUCUUCGCUAUUGGUCAUAUAGCUCCACUGCCGCCGAUGCCUACAAGAGUCGCAAACGUGGACAACUCAGUCGGCGUUCUGGUCGAGGUAGCAAUGACGGCGGAACAGAUCACAAAGUUACUGCGACCGGCCGUGGCGUGCUCAAGGAUUAUAUCGUCAACGAGCAGAUCGAGAUGGAACGCGAGAAGAUCGCUCGACGCAAGGCACAUGAGAGGCUCAGCGGUCGCUUCGGCACCACUUUGCUCGGGGAAGACGCCAGUGAGGAAGAGCUUCUAGCAUAUGCGACCAUGUUGAGCGAAGAGAGCCUCAAGAGCGACGCAGUCAAGCGGGCCAGCCAGGACAGCAGCGCUAUUGCCAGCCCACAUCCAUCUAGCAAAGCUGAACAAGUGGUCGCAAGCAAUCCGGGUGAUUUGGAUGCGGAACUGGAGGAAGCGCUCCGGCUGAGCUUGCUAGAUAGCGAGCAGGUGGCAUCUUCGUCAUUUCCGCCUCAGCAGAUCGACGAGCCGGCACUCAGCAUUCCGAUCCGGUAUGCCAAGGGCGUCAAGCGCACGAUGGGGUCCGCAAAAACGAAUACAGCCGCUAGUGGUAGCAAGACACAGAAGGAGGCCGAUGACCUGGAGUUUGCUCUCCAGCUCAGUCUCGCUGAAGAGCAAAGCAGGCUUGAGGCCGCGGACGAGUCGCAAUUUCCGCCGUUGGAAAGCAGGAGCAGCAGCGAAGAUAGUACGCAGAGCGGGAAAGGGAAGGGCAAGAGAAAGGCGCAUAGGGGAUGA